AUGGACUUACGAAAAGCUGACGUGGUCAAGAAGUUACUCCCACCUCUCGGUGUAAAAGAAGGAGACUACGCGAGAUAUAAGAAUUACGACACAAGUGCGAUUCACGUACGAUUUUAUCGCGAUGUCUUGGAUCAGUUCAUGGCCAAUGGCACGCGUUAUGUUUCGAGCGUUCGCAAUCCCGCCGACCAAUGGAUUUCAGCAUAUUAUCAUUUUAAUUUCAGGAAACCAAUUUCUGACUUCGCCAAAGAUCGUUUCCAGAUGAUUACAGUAAAUGGUUCCUUGAAAUUGCCGUUUAAUAAGAAUAAUUCUACUCUCGAUGCAGUGAACGAAUUUCUCCGACAGCCACAAAUAUACAUUAAUGCGUUGAAAAAGAGAGGGAACGUGGUUUGGCAUUUUGCGCACAACAGCCAAACUUUUGAUCUAAGCACCGAUCUGAAUUUGAUGCAGCGGGACAACGAAACGCUUGUUAAUAUGACACUCGAUCGACUAGUCGAUGAACUGGACUUCGUUAUCGUAAACGAAUACUUUGACGAAUCCUUGCUCGUCAUGAAGAAAGCAUUUUGCUGGGAUUACAUCGAUAUAUUGUACACUUCACAAAAUAAGCGAAAGAAAAAAGACACGCUGCCGGAGGAAACGCGGGCUAAGAUCCGCGCGUUUAAUCGAGCAGACACGCUCCUUCAUCAGCGCUUCAAUGAAUCUCUGUGGAAAAAGAUCGAGGCUUACGGACCGGAUUUCAAGAAAGACUUGGACCAUUUCAGGCAAAUGUUGAUUGAAGUCAAGUCAGAGUGUUCUGACAAAGGCAAGAUCAAACGAGAUGGAUUUCAUUCUAAGAUAUUAAAUGAAUUAGCCAAAAGAGACGCGACCCAGUUUUGUAACAUAAUGAGAGAGGAUAUUUUUGGCUCAUUCGGGCGAGUCUUUCAUAGACAGAAAUCAGACCUUCGCUCCUUCAAGGACAAGUCCACCCCA